AUGGGUUGUGCUGGUGUUACUCUUCUUGUGUUUUGUUUAUGGGGUCUUUUCAUACCGUUUUCGUCUUCUACUAGGCUCGGUUCUUCUUCAAGACAGAAGCUUGAAGUUAACAAGCAUUUGAAUCGACUUAAUAAACCUCCUACCAAAACCAUUCAGAGUCCAGAUGGGGAUACAAUUGAUUGUGUGCCUGUUUCAAAGCAACCGGCUUUUGAUCAUCCUUUUCUCAAAGAUCACAAAAUUCAGAUGAGACCUGAUUUCCACCCUGAAGGGCUUUUUGAGGAGAACAAGUUGGAUGAAAACAAAGAAAAAUCAAGUGCUCCCAUUAAUCAACUAUGGCAUGCUGGUGGGAAGUGUCCGGAAGGGACGAUACCUAUUAGGAGAACAAAGGAGGAGGAUGUUCUAAGAGCGAGUUCAGUUAAAAGAUAUGGAAGGAAGAAGCAUAGGUCGCCCGCCCCUAAACCGAGGUCGGCUGAUCCCGGUAUGGAAAACCAAAGUGGUCAUCAGCAUGCAAUAGCAUAUGUUGAAGGAGACAAGUUCUAUGGAGCAAAAGCUACUAUAAAUGUUUGGGAACCAAAGAUACAACAAGCUAAUGAAUUCAGCUUGUCUCAGCUUUGGGUGCUAGGAGGUUCAUUUGGUCAAGAUCUUAACAGCAUCGAAGCUGGCUGGCAGGUUAGUCCAGAUUUAUACGGCGAUAACAACACACGGCUAUUCACCUACUGGACGAGUGAUGCAUAUCAAGCUACUGGUUGCUACAAUCUUCUUUGCUCGGGAUUUAUUCAGGUCAGCAGUGACAUAGCAAUGGGAGCAAGCAUUUCUCCGAUUUCCUCAUACCGAGAUUCUCAAUACGAUAUCAGCAUACUUAUCUGGAAGGAUCCGAAAGAGGGUCAUUGGUGGAUGCAAUUUGGGAACGGCGGAACUGUGAUGGGAUACUGGCCGUCUUUCUUAUUCUCAUAUUUAGCCGACAGUGCUACGAUGAUUGAAUGGGGAGGAGAAGUUGUUAACUCCGAGCCCGACGGUCAACACACAUCAACCGAAAUGGGAAGUGGUCAUUUUCCAGAAGAAGGAUUCGGCAAAGCGAGUUACUUCAGAAACAUUCAAGUGGUCGAUAGCUCGAAUAAUCUAAAAGCGCCAAAAGGACUCGGCACUUACACCGAAUAUCCAAAUUGUUAUGAUGUCCAAACAGGUAGUAAUGGAGAUUGGGGCCAUUUCUUUUACUAUGGAGGACCUGGUAAAAAUGCAAAUUGUCAAUGA